AUGCGAAUGGCCUUCGAUGCGUUCCUGGAUUUUCAUUGUCUGGCCUGCUGCAGCAACGUCGAUUCGGUAGUCGCGAAGGAUGAAGUGCCAGCAGACAAGCUGAUCCCUGUCGCGACGGUUUUUUCGAAACCGGUGGACGUUGUCACGUUGGCGGAUCCAUGUGCAGAGGAGGUGCUCCACAGCAGGCCCAUGGUGUGCAGACGCGCACAUGUCCAACAAGCCUGCGGAGACGAGGAGGACGUACCAGCCGAGGUCGUGGGGGACGAUUGGCCAACCCAGCUUCAAGAGCAAACUCACCCGGCAGACCGCGAAAUGCAGCGGAUUUUGAUCACCGACCUCAAAAGCUUCCAAGGACAAAUUCGGUCACCAGAUCAGCGAGACAUGUUCGCAAUGAUUAUGGCCAGGUUUGCAAACACCGAAGUGCAGGAUAAGCUGUCACCUCUUUGGGGACGUGCAUCCAUGCUUAAGAGCGAUGCGUUGCCAGCAAGCACUGAUGUUACCACUACGGCGGCGGCGCCCAAAGGGAUGUUACCCAUCAUCGCUACAUGGAAGUCGCUCAGAACUGAGUAUUACUACUUCUACUUCGAGCUUGGUGACAGAUCUGAUAUCGAGUUUCCUCGAGAACCCCUUGCAAUCGAGCAUUGGAGGUGCGGUCGGCUGUUGCGAAUUGCGACGGCCUUCCUGUGCAAUGAUGCCAAAUCGCAG